UCUUUUGGAAUGUAGCAAGCUAUGACAGAGAUCGUCAGAGUGGUCAGGGCAGAGAUGGGAUGACGACGGUUAGGCCGGACGCCGCGCACGGGCCACCUCGCUAAACAAUCUUUACUAAGCACACUGGAGAUUUCGACGAACAGUGCCUCACCUCCAUAACGUGAACUCCAAGACAAGAUCGAGCAGCACCGACAACAUGCAGAUCUUCGUGAAGACCCUGACGGGCAAGACCAUCACCCUCGAGGUGGAGUCUUCCGACACCAUCGACAAUGUGAAGUCCAAGAUCCAAGAUAAGGAGGGCAUUCCCCCAGACCAGCAGCGCUUGAUCUUCGCCGGCAAGCAGCUCGAGGACGGCCGCACUCUCUCCGACUACAACAUCCAGAAGGAGUCCACCCUGCACUUGGUGCUCCGUCUCCGUGGCGGCAUCAUUGAGCCCUCGCUCAAGGCCCUUGCCUCCAAGUACAACUGCGACAAGAUGAUCUGCCGCAAGUGCUACGCCCGCCUACCUCCCCGUGCCGUCAACUGCCGCAAGAAGAAGUGCGGUCACACCAACCAGCUCCGACCCAAGAAGAAGCUCAAAUAGAUUAUUCGCUUAUUUGGGGCGUCUGGCGAGAUGUGGGGAUGGAUUGCGGAACGACUGUCAAUGACUCUGGAAUGGAAAUGGGUUCGGCAUGCAGAUAUCCGGCACACGAUUUCUUGAUAAAAUCGAUUUGUGCGUUACAGCUCGACCUCC